AUGUUACAGCACCGACAGUUCACUAAAUGCCAAGAGGUGGACCCAGUGAUUGUGUGCCGCCUCUGUGAAGACUCAUGGGACGAACCGAUAGAGCUGCAGCCAUGUGGUCACUUCUUUUGCGAAGCUUGCAUCAGCGAGUAUGAGAGCCGAUUCCCUAAGCGAUUCUCGCCGAUAGGUGGCAGUGGCAGUGGUAGUGGUAGGGGCGCGUCAACCCUUUUGUGCCCAACGUGCAACUGCAAGGUGGAGAGGCGCGAUCGUCCUAACCGUAUCCUUGUGAACAUGGCUCUUGAAGUUGAGGUGAAGUGCAGACGAUGCGAAUGGAGAGGGAAAAGGGAAGAAACCCAAAAACAUACUUGUCCUGUGCCGCCUUUACCGUCGACGGAAGUGAAAUCGACACCGAAUUCUACUAAAAGUGCUGCCCAUAUAUCGAUGAUCAACACAAAUCUGGAUGACGCGCUUAGGAACUUUGGCGAGGUAGAUGCUUCCGCUCAAAACAGUACUUUAAUGGCUCCUGCAGAAGAUCUGCCACUGACUGAGAGGCCCGCGCGGCCGCUAGUGCAACCGUUAGCGCAUAACUUAGCGCAGCUAUCGAUGCGGAGCCCAGAGAGGCGAUCGCAGCCAUUAGUGCAGCCCCCUGUGAGACCAGCAGUAUGGCCACCACCGCGGUCAUCGUCCAAUGAAAGAUUGUGGGAACAAUAUGGGCUGAAGCAGGUUGAGUAUGAUCAGAUCAUGGGUGUUUUCAUGCACUUCGAUACUGAAGGUAGUGGCUUCCUAACCAGAUCACAGCUACGGGAUCUUGCCUUUAGCCUAAACUACGUCAACCGAGAGGAAGAUAUUGACCGUAUACUUUCGGAAUUGGGGUGCGAAGAGGGUGGAGGUGUUAUGUUCCAUGAUCUUUGUAUUUGGCUGGGGAGCCACCACCCCGACCCACAGGCGCUCUACGGUUUGUCGCGGUUCCAGUACACAGAGGUCCUGCUGCAGUUCCGUAGCUUUGAUACGGAGAAUAGGGGCGCACUCAAUUGGGAUGCGUUUAGGCAACUCUGCCUGAAGAACGGAUAUGCUGCAAAUGAGGGAGAGGCCUUAAAGUUGUUUCGUUCCUGUACUACGGGUGAUGAGACGCAUGUAAGCCUCCGCCAGUUUCUCUCGCUUUGCCAACGCCUAUGGGGCGUGAAUGAUAAUGCUGGAAACCAAACGCAGUCGCCAAAUAUAUUUCAACAACAACAACAACAACAACCAUGGCAGACGCCAUCCCCCUUGCCGGGUCCCACGUGGCCGGCUGAUGGCCAAGGUGGCAAUGACUCUGUUGCCGAGCCAUUUCCACUCACACAGUUUCCCACGCACGGAAAAAAGAAGAAAGCAUGCUCUGUAAUGUAG